CCAAAUGAAUCAUUAGCAGCAUGCCAGCAUGUUGUGGUUUUCGUCGGCUGUGCUGCGGCCAACUUGCAGCAUUGGAUUUAUUGGCUUUCGCUGGCAUCUAGAUGUAGCCCUCCCCAGAUGAUUUAUUAACCCCCCACGUUCUCUUGCGUCUCCACUUGUCUUUACAAAUCGACUAUAUGUACUGCGCCUCUAUUCCCGUAAGACCAAGAAAGACCUGAACCUGAUACACCUUGCCUCUCCCCACUAAGCUUGUUUACCACGCUUGUAGAUAAGACAUGGGUCAAGCACUCGGCUUGAUUCAAGUGGAUCAAUCGACAGUAGCCAUCAAGGAAACUUUUGGGAAGUUUGACGAGGUCCUAGAGCCUGGAUGCCACUUCUUGCCAUGGUGCAUAGGGAAGCAAAUUGCUGGGUAUCUGUCACUGCGUGUGCAGCAGCUUGAUGUCCGCUGCGAAACAAAGACAAAGGAUAAUGUCUUCGUCAAUGUUGUGGCAUCUGUGCAAUAUCGUGCCCUUGCCGAUAAGGCAUCUGAUGCAUUUUACAGGCUUAGUAACACCAGGGAGCAAAUCCAGUCAUAUGUUUUUGAUGUCAUCAGGGCAAGUGUUCCGAAGAUGAACUUGGAUGAUGCCUUUGAGCAGAAGAAUGAAAUCGCCAAAGCUGUAGAAAAUGAACUUGAAAAGGCAAUGUCUAUGUAUGGAUACGAGAUUGUGCAGACUCUGAUUGUUGAUAUUGAGCCUGAUGAGCAUGUGAAGAGAGCUAUGAAUGAGAUCAAUGCAGCUGCUAGGCUGAGGUUGGCUGCCAGCGAGAAAGCUGAGGCAGAGAAGAUACUGCAGAUCAAGAGAGCCGAAGGUGAUGCAGAAUCCAAGUACUUGGCGGGUCUGGGUAUCGCAAGACAGCGCCAGGCUAUAGUGGAUGGGCUCAGAGACAGUGUUCUUGCUUUCUCUGAGAAUGUGCCUGGGACCUCUGCAAAGGAUGUCAUGGACAUGGUUCUGGUUACCCAGUACUUCGACACCAUGAAGGAGAUUGGGGCCUCGUCCAAGUCCUCGUCGGUUUUCAUCCCUCAUGGACCAGGUGCUGUCAGAGACAUCGCAGCGCAGAUAAGGGAUGGUCAGCUCCAGGCCAGUCUGCUGUGAGCACGUUGGAAAAGGCAUGCUUUUGACAUUCCCAUCAGUAAAGAAGUACAUAUACAUCAUGAGGAGUAAAAAAAAACUUACUAGCGAUAAUGUGAGUACAGCUUGUUCGUUCUAUCUAUAUGGUGCAUGUGAUUAUUAUUAUGGAGAUUAAUGUUAAAUAGGUUCGCAUGUAUUGUGCCAGAACAAGGCUAAGGACCAGUUUGCGUAAAAAAAUGUAUGUUUGGAACUUAUCUAAGUUUUGGAGCCUGAGGAAACCCCUCCAUCCUGUGCAAACUAUUUUGUGGUACCCUGCUUCUCUGUUAUCGUGAAUGAGAAUCUCAUGUUCAUUUUC